AUGACCGACGACGUAACCCUCCUCGCCGCCGCAGGCUCGCGCGCGCCGCCGAGCACGUCCCAGGGCUUGAUGGUUUCAGCUCCAGCGAAGCGCGCCGCCUCCGACUCUUCUCCGGUUGUCAUCGUCCUCCUCCCCGGGCUCGGGCAGCUUCUUCCUCUUUCGGAGCGGAAGGCUAGAAUAAGGAAGCAGCUCCUGGAACCUGAGUUGUUGCCAUCUUCCUACGACACCGCGUGGGUGGCUAUGGUGCCCUUGCCGGGCUCUCCUCAAGUUCCAUGCUUCCCACAGUGUGUCGAGUGGAUCCUACAAACCCAGCAAAGCAAUGGAUCUUGGGGUCUCAUCCAAAUGGACUCCUCCAUCAACAAGGAUGUCCUCUCAUCCACAUUGGCUUGUGUGCUGGCACUUAAGAGGUGGAAUGUUGGCAGGGAGCAUAUCAAGAGAGGACUACGUUUCAUUGGAAGAAAUUUAUCCACUGCUACAGAUGAACAGAGUGUUGCUCCUAUAGGCUUCAAUAUCACAUUUUCGGGUAUGCUUAGCCUUGGGAUUGAGAUGGGAUUGGAAUUUCCCGUUGGACAAACUGAUGUUGGUAGGAUUCUUCACCUCCGGGAGGUGGAACUGAAAAGACUUAUUGGGGAUAAAUCUGAUGGGAGGAAAGCAUAUAUGGCUUAUGUUGCUGAAGGGCAAGGAAACUUGUUGGACUGGAAUCAAGUUAUGAAGUUCCAAAGGAAGAAUAGAUCGUUGUUCAACUCCCCUUCGACAACUGCUGCUGCAUUAAUCCACAAUUUUGAUGACAAAGCCCUGCAGUAUGUAAAAUUACUUGUCAGCAAAUUUGGUAGUUCAGUACCAACAGUUUAUCCAACAAAUAUAUAUCAUCAGCUUUCAAUGGUAGAUUCUCUUGAAAAAAUCGGGAUAUCUCAUUAUUUUUCUACUGAGAUAAAGAGCAUCCUGGACGUGGCAUACAGUUUCUGGUUACAGAGAGACGAGGAAAUCAUGUUAGAUGUAGCAGCAUGUGCAAUGGCAUUUCGUCUUUUGCGGAUGAAUGGAUAUGAUGUUUCCUCAGAUGAUCUGUAUCAUGUUGAUGAAACCACUUUCCAUAACUCACUUCAGGGAUAUUUAAAUGAUACAAAAUCAAUAUUGGAAUUAUACAAGGCUUCGGAGGUCAGUGUGUCAGAAAAUGAAUGCAUCUUAGAUAACAUAGGCGACUGGUCAGCCAGUUUAUUGACAGAAAAGUUGUUCUCCGACUGGGUGCAAACAACGCCACUCUUUCAAGAGGUGGAGUAUGCUCUUAAAUUUCCCUUUUAUGCCACAAUGGAACGUCUAGACCAUAAGAGGAACAUUGAACACUUUAAUAUUUAUGGUUCUCAUAUGCUAAAGACAGAACAGUUGCCAUGUUGCGUCAACCAAGAUUUUCUGGCUUUGGCUAUUCAAGAUUUCGAUUUUUCUCAAUCUAUUUACCAGUAUGAACUCCUGCAUCUUGAAAGUUGGGCGAAAGAAAACCGGCUGGACCAGCCACAGUUUGCACGUCAGAAGCUGUCAUAUUGUUAUCUCGCUGCUGCUGCUACCAUAUUCCCUCCUGAACUGUCUGAUGCUCGCAUGUCAUGGUCAAAAAAUGGAGUGCUCACAACUGUUGUUGAUGAUUUCUUCGAUGUUGGAGGAUCACAAGAAGAACAUGAAAACCUCAUAGCAUUAGUUGAGAAGUGGGAUGAGCACUCCAAAGAUGAGUUCUACUCUGAGCAAGUGAAAAUAUUGUUUUGUGCUAUCUAUACGACAGUGAAUCAACUUGCAGCAGUGGCUUCUGCAGUACAAAGCCGUGAUGUGCAAAAGCACCUGAUAGAAUUAUGGCUUCAGCUGUUGAGGUCUAUGAUGUCUGAGGCAGAAUGGCGGAUGAGGCAAUAUGUGCCAACAAUUGAGCAAUACAUGUCAAAUGCAGUUGUUUCAUUCACACUGGGGCCCACUGUGCUCACAUCAUUGUAUUUUAUCGGGGAAAAGAUCUCGGACUGCGUAGUCAAUGAUCAAGAAUACAAAGAGUUAUUUAGGCUAAUGAGCACUUGUGGUCGUCUUCUCAAUGAUAUCCAAGGCCUUGAGAGGGAGAGCAUGGAGGGAAACCUGGAUUAUGUCUCACUACUUGUUCACCACAGUGGUGGUUCUAUGUCAAUUGAAACGGCUAAAGAAACGAUACGGAAGUCCAUAGCGUCAUGUAGAAAAGACUUGCUAAAGCUGGUUCUUAGGGAAGACACUGCUGUUCCUAGGCCGUGCAAGGAGCUGUUCUGGAAGAUGUGCAAGACAGUUCACUUGUUCUACUCCCAGACCGAUGGAUUUAGCUCGCCGAGCGAAAUGGUGAGUGCGGUGAAUGCAGUUAUCAGCGAGCCUUUAAAGUUACAAGAGGGGCACGCACGAUUAAGCAUCUUCCUGCCCAAGAAGCUACUAGUAUAA